GCUCCGGCCGUCCCCACCUCCGCGGCGCGGGACUCGCAGCUGUCCGUCUGUCCGUCCGCCCCUCAAGGGUUCAUUAAAGCAGAGGGGAUGGUAAAUUGGAUCAGAUGACUUUUAAGGUCCUUUCUCCUGUCAAGGUUCCUCGUGAUGAAGUUAGAAAAUGCUUGCUAAAUCUUUGGGAAGUUUCCUGCCUUAGAUGAAUAAUACUACACCUAGCCCGAUGUCAGCUAUUGCUACCUCAAGUAGUGGAAGAGCCACAGGGAAAUCUAUGAGUUUUGCUCUUGAACUGCAAAGUAUGAUGUUUUCUUUAGGGGAUGCUAGAAGGCCACUUCAUGAAACAGCGGUCUUAGUAGAAGAUAUUGUUCAUACCCAGUUGAUUAAUUUGUUGCAGCAAGCGGCUGAGGUUUCACAGCUGCGAGGAGCCAGAGUGAUUUCUGCUGAAGAUCUUCUUUUUUUGAUGCGCAAAGACAAGAAAAAGCUUAAAAGACUGCUGAAAUAUAUGUUUUUCCGAGAUUACAAAUCUAAGAUUGUCAAAGGUAUAGAGGAGGAUGAUCUUUUGGAAGACAAAUUCAGCAGCAGUAGCAAUGUCAACAAAAGGCAGAAAAUAGCCCAAGACUUCCUCCACUCUAUCGAUCAGACAGGAGAACUCUUGGCUAUGUUUGAAGAUGAUGAGAUUGAUGACAUUAAGCAAGAAAGAAUGGAGAGAGCAGAAAGACAGACUCGAAUGAUGGAUGCAGCUCAAUAUGCAGAAUUUUGUGAAAGUCGACAGUUAAGCUUCUCCAAAAAAGCUUCCAAGUUCCGAGACUGGCUGGAUUGUAGCAGUAUGGAGAUCAAACCAAAUGUUAUUGCCAUGGAGAUUUUGGCCUAUUUAGCAUAUGAGACCGUGGCCCAGUUGGUGGAUCUGGCUCUUCUCGUUAGGCAAGAUAUGGCACCCAAAGCAGGUGACCCCUUCAGCCACGCCAUUUCUGCUACUUUCAUACAGUACCACACUUCUACUGAGCCACAUCUCUUUGGGUCGAGUUCUGGCAUGAAAUCCAGCCCUGAUUCCCCUGAAAACACGCCUCCUCCUACACCAACUGCUCCAACAUCUGGACCACAACACCCAGGGAAAAACCAAUCAGGGACUUUGGGGAACGGGAAUGUUGGACAAGACUCGGCUAAAACAAAGCAAAGGAAGAGGAAGAAGAGCACGGCAGCCUGUGGUAUCGAGGCUCAAAGCGAUGCCAUCCAGCCCAGCCACAUCAGAGAGGCCAUUCGACGCUACGGCCACAAGAUUGGCCCCGUUUCCCCAUUCACAAGUGCCUACCGCGGAAAUGGAAUGACUUUCUUAGCCUGCUAAUGUGGACGUGGAUAUGACUACAGCAGCAGGAAAGGCAAUGUUCUAUGAUGGUGAUUUUUUUGGCCUGUCAGUGGAGAGGAGACGGGGCAGAGAUACAGGUUGAGUUCUCCAUCUGCUAAGGAGCCUGCUGUUUUGUUGUGACUAUCACCAGGCUGACUCCAGCUCUUUUCCAGCCCCCUCAAUGAUUCCUCUUGUUUACCAGAUGGAACACUGUGCUAAUUAAUGGCAGGAUGUUUGGGAUAGUGUGUAGGUGGACAAGAAUGCAAAUCACAGAAUUUUGAAAUUUGCAAUGGAUUUACUGUUGUGGACUCCCCUAUAUAAAAAACCAUGGUGUGUGUGUCUGUGUGUCUGUGUGUCUGUGUGUCUGUGUAUUGUCUGCAUAUUUUCAUUGAUACAUUUUGUAAUCUAACUUUGGGACAAAAAAGAGAAAACAAAAGCUGCAACAACUUUUCUUUUUAAUAUUUAUCUGUGAUAUCUCCAUUUUUAAAAAUGAAUAUCCAUAUCAGGAAUAGUUACCAAUGCUCAGAUGGGGGUCAUCCGUCUGGCCCUGGCCCUUUCUGACCCUUACUUUCUCUUCCAUCAGUCUCUCUGCUUUCACUACUGUUUCCUUUCUUUUGCCUCCUUUCUUCCCUCUUGCAUUUCUUCUACCCAUUCUUUCUAUUUUUCUCUUUUAUAACAUUUAUUCUCACUCUCCUCUCAAAUCAAAAGAUUGGAAAAUGGUACCAUUUCAGGACUCAACAAAGCCAGGGGGAUAUUAGAGAAGGAAAACAAACUCUUGAUAGAAGUGUGAGAUACAGGCCUUGAAAGGCCUAUCCAGAGAGUUUGACCUCCAUUUCCUAACAGUGGCUCUAUAUUUUGCCUUUCUCUUACAUGCUUUCUAAAGUAGAAAAUACUGUUAUAUGCAGAAAAAAUAGCAUUGGUUCCAUAUAAAUUUGUAAUACUUGUAAUUCUUUUUGAUUGAACUUGUUAUCGAUACCCAUAGAACUUAGAUAAGAGGAAAUUUUGUCUUCAGUGAUGUACAUUUCACAAUCCUGUGUUCAUCAUUGUUUCUAUACACUUCCAAGAAACCUUUGUGAAGAAUGAAUAAAAGUGAGAAAUAAAAUCAUUUGUCAUCGCCUCCUUGUGAGUAAAUACUUAAACUGUUCCAUAAUAAUUGCAUAUGAGAUCGCUCCAUAUUAUUCUUGUUAGUUCACUCUCCUUUACCUGCUGAGUGUUGCUACUUCUGGAAAAAAUCUGAAUGGCAGGAACUAAAAACUAGGAUAUAUAAUAUAGUAAGAUUUCCAAGGGGUUUUGAUGUUCCA